CGUGGGCUGGAGGGGACACUGCAGGACUCCAGGGAGAGAAAGCAGGAGCCGUCCAGCGCUGGAAUAGAGCACCAUGGCCAAGGAGUGGGGCUAUGCCAGCCACAACGGUCCUGACCACUGGCAUGAACUUUAUCCAAUUGCCAAGGGAGACAAUCAGUCGCCCAUUGAGCUGCAUACGAAAGACAUCAAGCACGACCCCUCUCUGCAGCCAUGGUCAGCGUCUUAUGACCCUGGCUCUGCCAAAACCAUCCUGAACAAUGGGAAGACCUGCAGAGUUGUGUUUGAUGACACUUAUGACAGAUCAAUGCUGAGAGGUGGUCCUCUUCCUGGACCCUACCGGCUUCGCCAGUUUCAUCUUCACUGGGGCUCCUCCGAUGACCACGGCUCAGAGCACACGGUGGAUGGGGUGAAGUAUGCAGCAGAGCUUCAUUUGGUACACUGGAAUCCAAAGUAUAACACAUUUGGGGAAGCUCUGAAGCAGCCUGAUGGAAUUGCCGUGGUUGGCAUUUUUCUGAAGAUAGGACGGGAGAAAGGCGAGUUCCAGCUUCUCCUUGAUGCAUUGGACAAAGUUAAGACAAAGGGCAAGGAGGCGCCUUUCACACACUUCGACCCGUCCUGCCUGUUCCCCGCCUGCCGGGACUACUGGACCUACCGCGGCUCCUUCACCACGCCCCCGUGCGAGGAGUGCAUCGUGUGGCUGCUGCUCAAAGAGCCCAUGACCGUGAGCUCCGACCAGAUGGCCAAACUGCGCAGCAUCUUCGCCAGCGCCGAGAACGAGCCCCCGGUGCCCCUGGUGGGGAACUGGCGCCCUCCGCAGCCUCUCAAGGGCAGGGUGGUGAGAGCCUCUUUCAAAUGAGGCCUCAGGAUCUUGCCCUGUUCAGGAAGGGAGGAACCUGCCCUCCCUCCGUCCGAGAGCGGCUCCUUCCCCCUCUGGUGCUCCUUACUCCACGUCUAUGCGACUUUCCAUACCCAACGAAGAAUUCGAGAGAUACAGUCGCUGAGAAACCAGUUUUCUUUGACAAGAUGUAAUACAAAACUGGAAGUUCACUCCUGACCUUUGUAGUAGUUACCUUUUCUAUAAAAGUAGUGUUCCUAGCAAGCUUUCAGAGAAGAAGGAGGAGCAGAGACUGAAGAGUGAAGAUGCAGGAAAGUGGUCAUUGACCAUUUCUCAGUCAUCUUAAAUUCACAGAACUCCAGGCUUUCUAUGUGAUAUUAUGAAUUGUCCACAUUACCAAACAAAAAAUUGUAUCUGUAGCAGUAGCGGUGAUGUUUCCAUAAAUAGGCAAGAAAUUAAAAUGAUUGCGGACACUGAGAAUCUAAAUGAUAAUGUGUUUUACUUCUUAACACCAGGAGGCCCACUAUUUACUAAAAUUAGCUCUGACUGUAGUUACCUGGUUUUGGUUACUGAUGAAAGGAAAAUAUUGUAAGACCAAGACUUUGGAAAUGUUUGAUCCAGUAUGUGAAUUUCUUCUUCAUAAAAAUGGUUUUCUUUACCUGAAGCAGGGCCAUUUAUUUUUUAUUUUCACUACUUUUAUCUUUGCAUGCCUAUUAAAAUAAAAACUGUCUCUGAUGUCUUUUGAACUUGAGGCUGGAAUUAAUGGUUCCUAGAAUACUAGGAAAUGUUUGGUGGCACUGAAGUAAAUGCUGUAUGAAUAGAUUGUCAAAUAAAGACAUGGAUGCUGAAA